AUGCGCAGCAGCAGCAGACAAAGAGACAGACUUUCUGUCUCCUUUUCUCUCUUCUUCUUCUUUUUAUUUUCUUAUAAUGAUUUCAAUGCUACUGCAGCUGCAGCAGCAACAACAACAGCAGCAGAAACAGCAGCAGCAGCAACAGCAACAGCAGCAGCAGCAGCAGCAGCAGCAGCAGCAAAUACAAACAUAGCCACUGCAGCAGGCAGCAGCCCCGCUGCAGCAGCAGCAGCAGCAGCAGCAAAUACAAACAUAGCCACUGCAGCAGGCAGCAGCCCCGCUGAGGCGCUGCCUCCCCACAGCAGCAGCAGCAGCAGCAACAGCAGCAGCAGCAGCAACAGCAGCAGCAGCAGCAGCAGCAGCAGCAGCAGGUUAUCUUCUUUAAGCGGCGAGCUUCUUUCUGUAUCUUCGGGUGUACAGGCAGCUCGUUGGGGUGUAUAUGCAGCUCCUUCUGGUGUAUAUGCAGCUACAGAAAGACAUAUGAACGGCUCUAAUAGUCUCCAUCUCCCCUCAAGCAGCAGCAGCAGCAGCAGCAGCAGCAGCAGCAGCAGCAGCACAGCAGCAGCAGCAGCAGCAGCAGCAGGAGGGUUUAGAGGUAUUUAUAAAGAUGUUUUGUUGGUGGGGGUAGAUGUAGACGGGACGGUGCUGCUAAGCAAAUGGAAAGGAGACGAAUUUACUGAAAUAAAAAAAGAAAGCGGAGACAGUACCGUCGCUCUGCUGUCUGCUGCUCGUGCUGCUGCUGCUGCUGCUGCUGCUGCUGCUGCUGCUGCAGCAGCAGCAGCAGCAGGGGAUACGGCAGAUGCUGCUGCUGCUGCAGCAGCAGCAGCAGCAGCAAAAAAUUUUAAUACAAUUGCGAGAACUGCUAUUAGUGAAUAUGCUGAUGGGUUUAAUAGAGUUAUUUAUAAAUAUAAACAAAUACAUAAAAAUAAAAAAGGAGACAGAGAAGGAGAAGAAGGAGACAAAAUAGAAACAGAAGGAGGAGACAGAGAAACAGAAGGAGACAGAAAAAAUAAUAAAAAAGAAAAAGAAAAAGAAAAAGAAAAUAAAGAAGAAGAAGAUAGAGAAAAAGAAACAGAAGAAGAAGAAGAAGAUAAAGAAAAAGAAAAAGAAAAAGAAAAAAAAGAAAAAGAAAAAAAAGAAAAAGAAAAAGAAAAAGAUAAAGAUAAAGAUAAAGAUAUAGAUAUAGAAAAAGAAAAAGAAGAAACAGAAGAAACAGAAGAAGAAGAAGAUAAAGAAGAAAAAGAAAAAGAAGAAAAUAUAGAUAAAGAUAGAGAAAAAGAAAAAGAAAAAGAAAAAGAAAAAAAAGAAAAAAAAGAAAAAGAGACAGAAUGGGGUGUCUCCUUUUUGGUGUCUUCGUUAGAUGCCUUCGAACGGAGACUCGCCUCCACCCCACACACUAAGACACUACUCAAAGGAAUGAGAGACAGUAAAUAUAAAUAA